AGAAUAAUUUGUAAUAUAUUAUCAAAUAUUUUACCGACGAUAUGGUUGAAUUUUUGAAACAUGCAAGUAAGUUUAUGCAAAUGAACCGUUGUCUUACUGCGAUUAAAAGAAACUCGACUGCUUUGAAUUUUUUUAAAGUAGUAAUUGAUAACUUUCCUGAUAAUGGCCACUUUGGAGCAGAUUCGAGAAUUCAGAUCCGAUAGAGGUGGAAACACCGUGUCAGUUUGCGUGAAUUGUCGCUACCCCUCUUGGUCGGAUUAUUAUGGUGCACCCGCUUGUAGACGUUGUACAAGAUUGUUCGUGAAAGCAAUUCGAGAAAGAAGGUGUUACAUGUGUCGUACAUAUGAGGCAUCGUGUCUUUCUACAAAUGAUCAUAGAAAAAGAUGCAGAUUUUGCGAUCUAGAAAGGUUAUACAAACUUGGAUUGAAACCGAUAAGAUUUGGAGUACACGACGAAAGAUGGUACAUGCUGGAUAUGAUUCCUUAUUUAAGAAAAGGAGUAGCUACUGAUUAUGAUCCAAGAAAACUUCUUUUACACUAUGAAAUGGGUAUUAUAAAUCAAUUCAAGUACAAAUGUUUUCAAUCAUACGUAAGAUGGAUUCGGAGAUACCUAUCUGAAAACACUUUUAUUAAUGGAGAGGGAGAGUUUCUAUUACGUUAUGAUUGCAUAUUGAGAGGACUGACUAUGGCAGCAAUGCUCGAAUGCAUAAACAUUCACGACGUGUUGAAAAUCGAAUAUAUGUACUUUGAUCCGUAUCAAUGCCGAAUUUUAGAUAACCAAGCCUGGACAAUUGAUAUUAUACAUACGGUACGCCAAUUUCUAUUGAUAUGGAAAGAAAAUGGCCCUAACGAAUUGGAUGUGUGGAUGUACACAGUUUUGGGUUUAGAAGGCGCACUGGAUUUAAAUUUAUAAAAAUUUACCAUUAUUUUCUUUUUGCACAAUUUGUUUUAUAUAACGGAAAUUCUAUCUUUGCAUUUAUAUUCAGCUCGCUGACAUUCUAAUGAAUGAUUGAUUUUUUUACAAACGACACUUAAAAUAUCUUUUUCAUUUUAAUUGUAUUUAAACAAAGAUAAAAUGAGAAAAGGUAUGUGCUUGAAGAUUAAGAAAAGAUUAAUUUAAACGUGAGAAAAUGUUAAUGUGCACUUUUUUGUGCUUUUCGUUACGAUAUUUUAAAAUAUGCUUUUUGUAUCUAUUUUAUAUUAAUUUUAAUAAAUGCUUUUUGAA